CAGGCACCAUUCUUCUACUUAAUUGCUGAAGUGAUAAGAGCUGAUAAUCAGUGAGCAGUGGGAAGCGAACCCCUCUCCAGAAGGCGCUGGGGUUUGUCCCUCCUCUCCUACACGUCACAAGUUUGUCUGUAUAAAGGCAGUGAAAGCAGCUGAAGGUCCGCGGGGUCCGAAACGCCGGAGACAAGAAGUGGAGAGAGAGAGAGAGAGAGAGAGAGAGAGAGGGGAGAAGAACGCAGCCCAUGACCAACAGCAACCUGAAGGGAAUAUGUUCACAAGACUCUCCAAACUCAGUGCUUAAUGUCGCAAUGAUCCAGCUGUUGGUGUGCUGUGGAAUUUGAUUGGGAUGCGUGUUGGGAGCGCAGUUCCUGGCGACUCAGUUUAAGAUCACAAGAUGGGAUCUCAUGGGGAAUCUGAACAUCAACCGACUCUUACGACCGUCUGGAAUUUACCUUCAUACCUGUUGCUUUAGUUGUGUCGUGACCACAAUCUUCUCGCUGUCCACUUGCACCACCGUGGACAUUGACCACAUAAAAAAGAAGCGCGUGGAGGCGAUCCGGGGUCAGAUCCUGAGCAAACUGCGCCUCACGAGUCCGCCGCAGGCUCUCGGACCCUCUCACGUGCCCGACCCGGUGCUGGCGCUUUACAACAGCACCAAGGAGCUGAUCGAGGAACUGGGCAGAGAGCGACAGCAGAGCUGUGGGCAGGACAACACCGAGACCGAGUACUAUGCCAAGGAGAUACACAAGUUCAACAUGAUUCAGGGGCCGCACGAUAACAAUGACCUGAUCUACUGUCCCAAAGGUAUAACAUCUAAAGUAUUCCGCUUCAACGUCUCAUCUAUGGAGAAAAAUUCCACCAACCUGUUCCGAGCAGAGUUCCGUGCCCUCAGAGUGCCCAACUCCAGCGCCAGCAGGAACGAGCAACGUAUUGAGCUCUAUCAGAUCAUUAGAUACGACGAGCACAUUGCAAAGCAGCGGUAUAUUGGGGGAAAGAACGUCUUGACCAAAGGAACGGCUGAGUGGGUCUCCUUCGAUGUAACGGAGACUGUGAGGGAGUGGCUCACACACAGAGAGACUAAUCUUGGCCUGGAGAUCAGUGUGUAUUGUCCCUGUCACACCUUUAAUCCUAACGGUGACAUUAUCGAGAACAAAAGAGAAGUGUUGGAAGUUAAAUUCAAAGGUAUGGAUGGAGAGCACUACGAUAACCGCUUGGAUCUUGGCCUGCUCAGUGGGCAGAAGGAGUACCCUCUUCCACAUCUUAUCCUGAUGAUGCUUCCUCCCCAUCGCCUGGACGUGCCGCCUACAUCAAGACGCCGCAAACGGGCACUGGAUACCAACUACUGCUUCUCUAAUUAUGAGGAGAACUGCUGUGUUCGCCGUCUUUACAUCGAUUUCCGACAAGACCUGGGCUGGAGAUGGAUCCAUGAGCCUAAAGGGUACCACGCUAACUUCUGUUCAGGGCCAUGUCCUUACUUACGCAGCGCUGACACCACACACAGCUCGUUGCUGAGCCUGUACAACACUCUGAACCCAGAAGCCUCAGCUUCACCGUGCUGCGUACCACAGGACCUCGAACCUCUAACCAUCCUCUACUAUGUUGGACGAACACCAAAAGUGGAGCAACUUUCCAACAUGAUUGUCAAAUCCUGCAAGUGCAGCUGAGAGCUUCAGCACCAGUGGCAGCCCUUCAGAGGUCUUACCACCUUGGCAAGAAAAGGGAGGGUUAGAGGGGCCAGAACUGGACUAAAAAAUACCUCCAUGCUUCCUUCUACUCCACUUUCAGGCCCUGGAGCAUGACAUUUUGAAGCACUACAUUUCCUGUAAUGAGUUUUGUUCCAAGUUGGCUUUGCCAUCAAAUGCUAACCCUUGGACUUCCACGUAGACCAUUUGGGCUGACCCCAACAUCCCCCCCCCCUCCUUUUUCCCCCCCUCUCAACUAUACCUGUUGCUUUUACAUUUUGAACUGUCUGUGCCACCGUAUAAAUAUCUUGGGCAUUUCUGAAGCAGCUGAAUUAUAUUAAACUGGCAGCACUCACUUAGUGACUAAUUCAGAAGCUGCUUUAUCCAGAAUGUCUUAGCAGCUGUGGUCAGGACACAAAGGAAAACUGAUAAUCCCUACUGGAUAUAUCAAAACAGACUUAAGAAUUAACAAGCGCAUUGCCUGGCUGACCCUCAGGCGACUGUCAGAUUUUUGUUUAUAGUAUAAAGCCUUGAUGCACAGGAUUUGUCCUUGCUGAACAUCGGACUGUGGUCUUCACAGUUUCCCCACACUGUUUGUCUACAAGACAGACUGACAAAUACAAGACAUGUCAUGAAUAAUAUUAGUAAAGAUACAUGCUGGAAAGAAAUGUUUGUGAGAAAAUGUUUUGUUUUGGGUACUUACCUCUGUUACCUAUCAGACUUUUUAGGUUUGUUCAAUAGGCCUACAUACAGCAGACAGUGUAAUGUAAAGUAUUGUAUGACACGACAUGAAACCAGAUCACAAACUGUACAUUUUUUAUUUGUUUUUUAAUUGCUAUUACCCUUGGAAAAACAUUUUUUAAUUAAAAUUAGUCUUGGA